CACUGCGAGUAAACUAAUUUGCAUAUCUGGAGGAAGGGAGUCGAAGUCGCUCCAUUUCCGGGCCUCUCGUACUGGAUUUUUCCCAACUUUGCCAAACUUCUGGGACUUCGUCACACUUCUUGAGGAGUUACCGGGGUUCCUCGGAAGGAUACGGAGACAUCUGGGGCCGCCUGUGAGAUUCGGGAGCGUUGUUUGCGGGGGAAGUUUGUCCGUGUGCCGUCGGUUCUUCAACACACGGACCACCGUCCAUUUUCAGUUCGCCGUGCGGGCCCAGCUUGAACAGACUUGGCACGGGAGAGUGGCCGUCCCACCAUGGAAGCUAUGGCGAAAUAUGACUUUAAAGCCACGGCAGAAGACGAACUGAGCUUCGCCAAGGGCUCCAUAUUGAAGAUUCUGAAUCUAGAGUAUGACCAGAACUGGUACAAAGCAGAGCAGAACGGGAAGGAGGGAUUCGUACCCAAGAACUACAUACAGAUGAAGCCACACGAGUGGUUCCACGGCAAAAUUAGCAGACAGAUGGCAGAGGAGAGACUAAUGAAACAGGAGAUGGACGGUGCCUUCUUGAUACGGGAAAGCGAGAGUUCGCCGGGCGACUUUUCACUUUCAGUCAAGUUUCACAAGGAAGUGCAACACUUCAAAGUUCUAAGGGACGGAGCGGGGAAGUACUUUCUCUGGGUCGUCAAGUUCAACUCCCUGAACGAGCUAGUAGAGUAUCACCGGUCCUCCUCCGUCAGCAGAACACAAACCAUCUUUCUGAAGGACAUGGAGACGAAAAAG